AGCACAAAAGCUUUCACAUAUUUUCACUUUUGACCAUUGUAAAAUAUUUUCAAUAAUUUGAUCAAAUUAACAUUAAAUUAAUCAAUCUCGUGUUACAAUUUGUGUUCAUCUAUUUUAUUAUAAGCUAGUAGAAAUAAGGUGUGCUCGGUUUGAAUUGAAAUUGUGAUGUUUUAGUGAUGAGAAAAAAAUUUGGACCAAAUAUAACUUUCAAAUUCUUAAGUCAAGAAUGUAAAGAAAAAUGAAAUGAUGAAAUAAUAUAAAAAGAAAAUUUAAGCGAUUUAUUGAAAAUCUUAAGCCUCCGGUUGUUAAAAUGGAUUACUUACAAGAUUCAUCAUACGAUCACGAACAUAUUCAGCAUCAAAACUUUGGUUCGUCGCUCUCAAGCCUGGACGUUCAUCAAUUUGAUUUCCUUCAGAAAAACACUCACAGUCAUCAUCAACGUUAUUUUCCACAAGAGCCACAUCAUCGACUCUCACCAAGCCUUGAUCAAGGCUAUGCAACUUUGUUGUCAUCACCCACGCAGUCAGCUUUGAGCAAUCAUCAUAUUAUGAAUGCAACACCCAACACAGCAAUGUUGGUAAAUCAAGCCAUGAACACAGUUGGAUUGGCACACAAAGUUGCUAAUCUAUCAAUCAGUAGCAACAGCUUAUGUAGCUUAACAAAAGUUGGAAGUUAUUUUCCUACUAGCACAAAACUUCAAAUCCCGAACAAAGGGCAAAUGUUUUUCGAUGCACUUUCCAAUGAUGUCAUCAUAAAAAUACUUCAAUGGCUUGAUACAUACGAUCUACUGGUACUUGCAACUGUUUGUCGUCGUUUUGAGAAACUUAUCUGGAAUCCUUUAUUAUGGAAAACGAUAUCAUUGAAAGGUGAUGAAGUCAACGGCGACAAAGCAUUGAAUUGCAUUUUACGACGAUUAAUCGACCAGUCGGGUGAGAAAAGUUCAACAGUAGAAAGAGUGAUGUUGAGUGAAGGUUGCAAGUUAACAGAAAAAGGAAUUCAAUCGAUCAUUAGACGAUGCCCAAAUAUUACUCAUCUUCAAACCCAAUUCUGUAAUUCAUUAACAAAUCAAUCGAUUUUUAACGUAGUUACAAAGUGCACAAAUCUUCAACAUCUUGACGUCACUGGAUGUAAUCAAAUAUCUUGUAUAAGUCUUAAUGCUGGAACAGACACACCGAGAAAAUUGUUGUUGCAAUAUUUGGAUUUAACUGAUUGUGCAGCACUUGAUGAUAUUGGAUUGAAAACAAUCAUAAAGAAUUGUCCAUUGUUGAUUUAUUUGUAUCUGAGACGUUGUGUAAUGCUUACAGAUACAAGUUUAAAAUAUUUACCGAAAUUUUGCAUUGCUUUGAAGGAACUUAGUGUAUCAGAUUGUCUUAAUGUUACUGACUUUGGUCUUUAUGAACUAGCAAAACUUGGCCAAACACUUCGCUAUUUAAGUGUCGCCAAAUGCCAUAAUGUCAGUGAUGUUGGACUCAAAUAUCUUGCUCGAAGAUGCUAUAAACUGAGAUAUUUUAAUUGUCGCGGAUGUGAAGCAAUCAGUGAUGACUCUGUCAUAGUCUUAGCUCGAUCUUGUUCACGUCUUCGUUCAUUAGACAUUGGAAAAUGUGAUGUUUCGGAUGCUGCAUGUUUUGCACUUGCUGAAAGUUGUCCAAAUCUCAAGAAGCUAAGCCUAAAAAAUUGUGAUAUGGUAUCUGAUGAAGGUAUUAAAUAUAUCUCUUAUUAUUGUCGGGGACUUCAGCAAUUGAACAUACAAGACUGUCAAAUUACAGCCGAAGGCUAUCUGUCAGUCAAAAAAUUCUGUCGUCGUUGUGUUAUCCAGCAUAACAACAUUGGUAUUCUAGGAUAUGAAGCUUAGACUUCCGAAUAAAACAUCUAACAUGACAAUAGAUCGUAACUUUUUUUAAAUUUUUAUUGUAUUCCCGAUAAUUUAAUUUCCGUCCAACUUCCUAAUGCUGAAUGCUUAAAUUAGAAAAUUAUUUUAUCCAAUUCAUUAUUUACUUUCCUAUUUUUAUAAUAAGUGGCUAAUGUUUUUAAAUAAAAAAAUCUUGCAUCAAGAAA